CGACUGCAAGGAGUGCUGCAGAUUCCUGUUCUGAUAUUAUGUUCAUUACUUGGGAGUCCAUUGAAUGUUGCAUGCUUUGGAAUUAUGCAUUAAACGCAUGCCUAAUUUUAUCACAGUCCUGAAGGUGCUUAAUUUUGGCUCAUUCCGGAGCAAUGUGAGAAACUCCCCCAGCUCUGAAGCUGGUGGUGUAGUCCAGUGGAAUUUAUAAUCCAUUUGGAAGGAUGUAGUUUCUUUUGAAUAAAGGGCGCACAGGUGGUAGGACUUUCUUCCGUGGACAUUGACAGAAACCUGUGCUUCAAGAAAUAAGACGCGAGAUGCCCACGAGGACUUUUUGGCUGAGCUGGCACCCUGUCUUGUUUCAACAAUCCAGCAUUUCUCCUUAAGCUCAGCUUCGGGGCUGAAGGCGCUGCAGUCGGUUUGGCAAAACGGUAAUGCGAACUUAAAAGUUUCUUUUCCGAAUUGUUGCUACUUUACACAGCCACGCAAGAAACCCGUUUUGCAAAAAGAAAUUUGCCGAUCAUAUCAAUUUCGAUUUCAGUUUUCUUUACUGAUGACACAAAGUCUUAUAGGUGAACUGAAUUGUGCUACAUUUGACUGUCUAGAGCCGACUCUCUCUGAGCAGUGCGCAAGAUGAACGGAACAUUUUUCAAUCACUCUGUCUCGGCGCAUGGCAUGUUCGCCAACAAAACCCAGUUCCUGGCUGGGUCGGUACUGGAUUGCUGCAAUGGGACUGCAGUUACCACAAGCGACGGGAGCUCGCAGGUUGUAGUUCCCGAUGAGCGAAGUCUUUUUAUCAUGAGGGUUGUGCAAAUAGCAGUGCUCUGCGUACUCUCCUUGACUGUCGUAUUCGGCAUCUUCUUCUUGGGUUGCAACCUCAUGAUAAAGUCUGAAAGCAUGAUUAACUUUCUAGUGAAGGAUCGGAGACCGUCCAAAGAUGUUGAAGCUGUCAUAAUUGGCCUUAACUAGCUGCCGCAAGAUGGGCUCCUUUUCAAUUGUCCUGAAUGAUGCAUACGGACAAUUUGUAGUCCAUAUGCUGUGUGAUAUAUGCAAAGUCUCAAGAUUGUUUCAGCGUCAAGAAGGCACGAAGUACGAAACGAAUGUCAAAAGACAAUCUGUCCUAUGUUUAAGUGGCUGCUCUGCUGAUAAUGUAAUGUCCACUCGGAAACCGUUAUCCGAAGUCGGUGAAGUAUGAAUGUAUUAUUUUGUAAUACUUUUUUUCACGUGACUGAAAAAGUUUUUUUUUCUCAUUUAAAAACGCUUUCUAGGUAUCUAGGUUUGAAACGAACCGCUUUCUCUUCCUUGAUUGUUAGCCCGAGGCGGGUGAAAAAAUGUUUACACCUUUUUAUUUUCGUUUUCUCGUUAUUUUGUUUUAAUGAGGACAAGAUAUUGCAUGCAAAUUUUGUGCAUGAGUACCGCAUAAACCGAGCAAACAUUUCGCGCAGUGUCAAAUCAAUGCCUUCAGAAGACGUCGAAUGGAGUUUUUACCUCGUUCUUGUUUGGUUUGUUUUAAAGGUAUCUCUGGAAUACUGUAACUAUUAAUGUAGCGGGGACAAAGGUGCAUGUUUACCAGGUCCACAAUGUUGGAUGUUGUGUAUUGGAUUUUUAACCUAAGAUUUACACUUUGUACUUAAGUUUUUCCGAGAAAAGCAUGCUUAGUGCCUGUUUAUUGUUACUAAUGAAAUUGAUCCACUGUUUUUGCACUUUUAUGAAACUCCAAAAUGCUGCAUGCUUUUUGUACGAAAAUGGACCUUAUAUGAUCUGUAUAACACGUUACCGUUUUUAAAAGUAAAAAUGUUGGCAUUUUCA